AUGGUGCAGAUGGAGGACAGAUUGGUGCCGGUUGGAAAGCCACAGGUGGAGAAGGUUGAGACAGGCGUAGUGACAACUGGGAAGGCGACCAGGGUUGUGGAGAUCUACAAUCAGGACGAGACGGAAUGCAUCACGAUCGGUGCUUCCGGCAGCACACGCACUCCGGAGGUCUGCGACAUCAUCAGUAGCUUCGUGAAGAUCCCGCCAGACAAGAUCCAGCUUGUUUCGAAGGUGGGAGUAUUUCCUAUCAAGCAGAGGCUGUCGGACGAGGUUGCGAGCAAGGUCAUUGCGCUUGGAGUGAAAAGCUUUCACAGACCUGUUCAGCAAUACCCACAUCCGAUUGUCGUCAUCGGGGCUGGUCUGGGAGGUAUGCAAACAAUGAUCAGCUUCAAGAAAGCCGGUCGGAAAGACCUAAUAUGCCUGGAAAGACUAGGGGCUUUCGGCGGGCAUUCUUGGAUCGUGGUUUCCAACAAGUACACCAAGCUGCAAACUGAAAGCGGCAACUAUCACGUUGACUUCUUUUUGCCGGACGCCCCUGCAACUACCGAAGUUGAGGGCGACGCAUACAAGACCUGGCCAACAAGAGAUCAACUUCUGAAGAUGUUCAGAGAAGCUGCAAGGAUUCACGAGUUGGGACCGCUGACCAGGUUCCACACGCACGUCGACAAGAUCAGACCUCUUCCGGAUGGCAGUGGCUAUGCCGUUCACACAUUCCCUUCCAAUAACGAGGAUGCCGAGGGAGAGCUGAUCGUCGCUUCAGCAGUUAUCACUUGGCCCGGAAACCUUUGCAAAUACCGCGAGCUGGAGUGGCCUGGCGAGGAGGACUUUGGUGGCUAUAUCGCCUACGCUUCGUUCUCCAUGGUUGACUACAGAGAAGCUGAAGGAAAGGUGUGUAUUCUAUACGGGCAUGGUGCCUUCACAAUUGAGAACGUCCGGACGCUCUGUGAGCACAGGUGCAAGAAAGUCAUCGUGAUGUGCCGCAAGCGAAAUCUCUGCGGGAUGAGGGUGAUGUCUUGGCUGGUGGGCUUCCUUGAGAACCCGGUGCCUGGUACCAUCUUGCUUGAGGGCUUCCAGAAGAUGUACGACCUCGUAGGCUUUGAUUGCUGGUCUGCACAUUGCGUCAAGACGGACGAGAAGCGCAGCUACGCGCAAAUAACGCAGAGAACAGCUUUUGGCGUAACUGAUGUUUACUUCCUGGCUGGCUAUUAUGGCUUGAUGGAGGUCCUUGUGGAUGAAAUCAAGCGACUUACCAAUGGCUGUGCUCAGACCAAGAAAGGCAAGAAGAUCAAGUGUCAGCUCAUCCUCAAAGCGGUGGGAGUCACUCCAGAUCCUCAGAAAGACAAAAUGCUCGGUUUGAAGGAGCUGGUGGGCUUGUGGGUCAACGGAGAUCCGCUUCGCCCAGUAUGUUGCAAUGGCAUGUUUGUCGAAGCUCAGAACUUUGGCAGUUUCAGCUCCGGACCCUCGUUUGUCAGCUCGGUCCGAAUCUUCAGAUGGUUCGUGGAUUAUCCAGCAGACUUCGAGAUCGUUCGGGGAAUUCUUCCAAAGCUGCGGCCAAGUCCUGAACAGCCUGCUUAUGUGCCUGGCGCGCGACAUUUGAUGCCAACUUUCACGGCCAUGAACAUGGUCCCAAUGUUGGGUGCCGAGCUCGCUGUCGCUGGAGCGCAGAAGCACAUCAAGCAACAGAGCCGACAUCCUCUGAAGCACUACCUCAGCGAGUGCAGAAAUGAAUGGCAGGCAUAUAUCCGUCAGUGGAAGAAGGACGGCAUGAUCGAUGAGAGCAAGCCAGAGCCGCCUUAUCCCUACACCGAAGAAAUGGUGCAAAGUUGGAUUGAUCGGACGAACAUGGAGUGGAUGCGCAAAGCUGCGAUGGCAAGUCAAAGACAGCAGCAGCUUCUUGGUGGCCGGGGUGUUCUGCUACACACCGCAACGCUGCAUAAGGCUGACAAAUGGAAGAGUCGAAGUAGUGUUAUCCUGCUGAUCCAAGGCUCUCCGGCUGAAGCCCGAGCCGCGCCCCUCUUCCAGUCAACAAAAUCUGUUGAUGUAGCGCCGAAGAGAAAAGAUGCUUUGUCUACUUCUGUUCAAGAUGCCUGGACGUGUACGGCUCUGCCUCGUGAUGUUGUGUUACAGGAAAUACAUCUUCAUCUACGACAAGCAGGGAAUAGAGCCGUGCGCUGA